AUGCCUCUCGGACAUCGAUUAGGGGAUAAUAGCCCUUCUCAAUUCUGCGGUGUAGAGACGGAAUUCAAAUCUGCAAUGUAUCAUGUCAUCGAUUUCAAUAUCACUGAUGGAGGCUUCGAUUUUGUUCUUGCUCCUCUGACGGAUCCUGAUUAUCGCCCAAGCUUAGCCCGAAAGUAUCAUUUCGGGUCAUUUGCUGAAGGUAUGCCAUUUACCCGGUCAGACUUCAGCGUUGAACCAUCACUAUGGAAUGAACACGUGGCAGGAAAAAUUAGCACAUGGAUAGACUUGGAUUCAGAAGAUGAAGCCCUUAGGAUGGAUUCUGAAACCGUUCUCAAACAAGAGAUAGCUUGGGCCUCUUAUCUCAGUUUACAGGCUUGCUAUCUUCCAGCUCCUAAGGGAACUUCCUGGGCUAAUUAUGCUAGAUGUGUGAACCAAAUCUUACAGGCUGGCGGCAUAAAUAACAUGAAGUUGGUGCUUAGGUUUCCAUUGGGGAAGACUGAUGAUGACUCUAGUGCAAGCUCCGGUACUUCGGUUGAUUCUUGGGAGGCAUGGAAUUCAUUUCGACUGCUGUGUGAGCAUCAUAGGCAAUUGUGCGUUGCACUUGAUAAUUUGAGUAUCCUUCCUUCAGACAACUCACUAGAACGUUGGUAUGGGGAGCCUGUUAUUGCCUAUAUAAUACAUACAGAUUCCUUUUUGACUAAUGAUCGUGAUAAUAAGUACCUCCCAGAGCGUCAUCAGAGGUUAAUUACUCAUUUCCUUGACCAUUCUUGUCAGAUCAUUAUAUCUGAAAAGAAAAUUCAUACCCAAGCAAUUGAAGAAGAUCCUUAUGAUACUCGUUCUGCUGCAGAUUCUCAAAGACAUUCUUUACGGCCUUAUCUGGACUAUGUUAGUCACCUAUACCGAGGAUUGCAUUUUCUCUCUGAGCAAGAACGUCUCGAGUUUGGUUCCAGGGAUGUUUUACGACCACCCUUACAACCUAUUAAGAAUAAUAGAGAGGCUCUGACGUAUCAGAAUUUUGAGAAAGACAAAGCGAAACACAAAGCGUACAAAAGAGCAAUUUGUCAAGCCUUGCUGGACAGGGUUCCUGAUGAAAAGGCAUUAGAGACUGUCACGGUAUUGGUGGUAGUUGGUGCAGGGCGUGGGGCUCUUGUGAAGGCAUCAGUACAGGCAGCUAAAGAAACUGGGCGAGUGCUAAAAGUUUAUGCCAUGGAAAAGAAUCCACAUGCAAUGGUUGCACUUGAAAAAUUAGUGGCAUCAGACGACUACAAGAAUAUUGUUACGAUAGUCAGAAAUGACUUACAACAGUUGAUUCCCCCUCUACUUGCUGACAUAUUGGUUAGUGAUUUGCUUGGUUCUUUUGGUGACAAUGAGCUGUCUCCUGAAUGCCUUGAUGGAAUUCAGAGGUUUCUAAAGGAAGAUGGAAUUUCCAUACCGUCUUCGUAUACAAGUUUCCUCCAACCAGUGACAGCUUCCAAUUUAUAUAAGAAUAUUAAGGAAGAUAAAGAUAUUUUACGCUUUGAAACUGCUUAUGUUGUGAAAAUACACAAUGUAGCUCGGCUUGCACCAUCUCAACCCGUUUUUACCUUCACACAUCCUAAGAAAGAAAACAACUACCGCCAUAAGAAGUUGCAUUUUAUGAUACCUGAGUCCGCUAUGGUACAUGGAUUUGCUGGAUACUUUAAUGCAACUCUUUACAAGGAUGUGCAUCUUGGAAUUGAACCUUCAACAGCGACACCAAAUGUGUUUACUUGGUUUGCAAUGUUUUUUCCAUUAAGGAUUCCUAUUUGUGUGGCUCGUGGUUCUACCCUGGAAGUACAUUUCUGGCGCUGUCGUGAUCCUGCAAAGGUUUGGUAUGAGUGGUGUGUUACAUCUCCUUCUUUAUCUCCAAUUUACAACAGUAAUGGUCGCUCAUACUGGAUGGAGCUUUAGUGGAAAGCAAAUGAUAUAUUUCAAAAACUGUUGUAUUGUCCUCACAGCUGACGAACAAACUGAUUUUUAGAACUCAUAUCUCAGUGGUUCUCUUAAUUCAUUUUAGAAAAUCAUGCUGAUCAUUAAGAUGUUUGAGAUUAUUCUCUAUAUGGUUGUCAUUCAUCCAAUGAACAUACAAAUUUCUUGUAAACUGAGAGAUUUGAGCUUGCUCUUGGAUUCACGGUAUGGAAAAG